CUGACUAAUGUCGCGGAGCUGCUUUCUGUUGACCUCGCUGUCAGAUCGCCGACUUUCUGGGAUUUUACAUGAAUUAUGUGUUUUUUAAAUUCAUUUUCAUAAAUCGGUUCGAUCUCCCUCUAACGACAUUGCAACCGACUAGUUAACAGAGCUCAGAGCGGGAUGUGCGCGUGGAGGCGGCUUCACGGAAGCGUGCAAACUCUUCGUGGAUCUGUCACCCGUGGAUCAGUCGCCUCCACCUCGGUGACACAGCGGCAGCCAGGCUGGGGUGGAGGUUUACCUUCCCACCAGAGCCUGAGCACCGGGGGAGCCUUAAGGAAUGACUUCUUUAAAGACCUAGAAGCCCAGCUGGCAGCCAUGAGGCAGAAGGCGAUGGAUGCUCUGCCUGGUAGCAGCUGGACGCCUUUCGAGAUCAACCCCAACCUUCCUCCGGAGACGGCGGACAUCGUGAUCGUAGGCGGAGGGGUGGUGGGCUGGUCCAUUGCCUACUGGCUGAAGCAGAAAGAAAAGCUCUCUAAAGGGAUGCGGGUCCUCGUGGUGGAGAGGGACCCAACAUAUUCCCAGGCCUCAACGGUGCUGUCUGCAGGUGGAAUCCGCCAGCAGUUCUCCCUCCUGGAGAACAUCCACCUCUCCCUGGCCUCUGCAGACUUCAUGAGGAACAUCAACGAGCAUCUCAGUGUUGUGAAUGAAGACCCAGUGGAUCUGCAGUUCAACCAGUCGGGUUACCUGUUCUUAGCCAGCGAGGAGGUGGCUCACAUCAUGGAGCAGAACUACAACACGCAAAGGAUGUCUGGAGCCAAAGUUUCACUCCUCUCUCAACAUCAGUUGAAGGAGAAAUUUCCAUGGAUAAACACAGAGGGCGUGGUGCUCGCCUCGUACGGGCUGGAGAACGAAGGCUGGUUCGAUCCCUGGACUCUGCUUAACGCCUUCAGGAGGAAGGCAAUCUCUCUGGGAGUCAUCCAGUGCUUUGGGGAAGUCACAAAUUUUAAGUAUACAACACAUGUUAGGAUGACAGCAGAUGACGAACAAAUGGAUGUGAGGAGGAUAAAAUCUGUCAAAGUGCAGAUGCCGAACAGCAUGGAGUACCAGCCGGUGGAAUGCGCCAUUGUGGUGAACGCAGCCGGGGCCUUUUCUGGCAGACUGGCUGAGACGCUGGGGAUUGGCCUCGGCCCUAAGGACUCCCUCGCUGGAAUCCCGGUCCCUGUAGAGCCUCGGAAGAGGUAUGUGUAUGUGGUACACUGUCCUGACGGUCCAGGUCUGGACACCCCCUUCCUAAUCGACUACUCUGGUGUUUAUUUCCGGAGGGAGGGCUUAGGAGGAAACUACAUCUGUGGAAUAUCACCGGAGGAGGCCGAGGAGCCUGACACCAGCAAUCUAGACGUGGACCAUCAGUUUUUUGAGGACAAGGUUUGGCCCAAAUUGGCCAAUCGAGUUCCAGCAUUUGAGAAACUUAAGGUGACCAGCGCCUGGGCGGGCUUCUAUGACUACAACACGUUUGACCAGAACGGCAUCAUUGGCUUACACCCUCUGAUCAACAACAUGUACUUCGCCACCGGUUUCAGCGGCCACGGGCUGCAGCACUCGCCGGCGGUGGGCCGCGCUGUGGCAGAGCUCAUCCUGGACGGAGAGUUUCAAACGUUGGACCUGAAGGGGUUCAGUUUCAGGCGGAUUCUGGCGCAGGAGCCCAUGUUGGAGCGGAACAUCGUCUAGCAGGACGCGGACGUGUCAGUGAUUCUGCUGCCAGUGGAGAAACUAUCAAGAGUCAAGUCUUAUUUUUUUUUAAUGUUAUCCUUAAACUAGAGAAAUAAGUCCCGAAACCGGGAUUUUCUGACAUUCGUGCCUUUUUCUUUAAUCUUUUUCAACCUGAUGAGUUAAGGUUGACGUCAUCAAAAACGUUUCAAACAUGCCAAAGUCCUUGUUACAAGUUCAACUCAUCUCAAAGCUUAAAAGCGGUUAAAAAAUCUUCUGUCCAUGAACUCUUUUCUUGCUGAAACCAUUCCAGUGCAUUUUUAGAUCCUCGCUAUUGUUUCUCUCUAUUAGUGAUGGAAAAAAACCAUCAGUGAGUUUCUACCGUCUGCAGCUUUUUUAACGAUAUUAAGCCGUAUGCACCGUGGGAAGCUUUGGACUUUAUUCUGCAAAAGUCUGUUACUUUACCCUGGCUGUCUGCUGUGCUUCACCCUCGGAGCAUUAAUUCCAGAAUGUGCUGAAAACUACGGUUGUGAUUCAAUUAGAAAAGAAGAGGUGUACGUUUUGCCCCAUGUGUUUCUUUUGUUAACUGAUCAGCCACUAUUUAAGUUUCUCUUUGUUUCAAUAAGGCAGGUCAGUUUGUCUGAGUUAGUUCUGUAGUUUUUGUUCCUUUGACCUCAUGUCUGGAUCCAUUUUAUAUUUGAGACAUUUGAUCUUUUUUGGGUUAAAUAACAGAACCCUGUUUUCUUUUUUAAUACAC